GGCCUCCCUAUUUGCUGCUACUGGGAAAUGGGCCACACCCCGCUCUUGCUGUUAAGCAGUUGGAGGGGAAUUCCUUCCUCACUCAGCCUGUGAGCUCACUCAGAGACACCAUACGGCCUGCGAGACUCUCCAGAGCUGGCACCUUCAGCACACGACGUUCAGCAAUUCCCGUUUGGUCUCCAUCAGCUUCUGCCGACAGAAUGACUAGCUCCAAGUCAUCCAAGACCACCUGCAACAUUGUCAUGGCAAUCCUUGUUAUUUGGUCUAUCAUUUCUCUCAUCAUAAUCAUCGUGUGGGCAACCUCACCGGAAAUAAAAGAUGUGAACAAGUGCCGGACAGAACUCGAAGCCAAAGUGCAGGAGUACACGAGUACCAGCGCAGUGUGGGUACAGGACAGGAAGGCUCUGGAGGAGCAUAUAGAGAAAAGCCGCGAAAGGGAAGCACAGCUGAGCCAAGACAUCAGCAGACUUUGGGAAAGCCAGCGCAAGACCAAUGAAUCCCUAAAGAUCAGCAUGGAGGAAAACGUCAUCUUAAGGGACAACAUAACAGUGCUAGAAAAUGAAACCGAGCGACAGAGAGAAUUAGUGAAAAACCUAACUUCAGAAAUAACGGCACACAAAGAGAAACUGGAAGACCUGCAGUACAAUCUGACACAGGCUUUCCACCUGAUGGAAUCAUGUGAGGCAUCGUGGGCCGCCGCCAUCCACCACCAGAGGGCGGCGGAGAGCCGGUUGAAUGCAUUGAACACCAGCCACAUGUCCCUGCUGAACCAGCUAAAUCGGUGCAAGAAGGAUGACAGCAGCAUCAGCCAGCAGAACCAGCAGAGUCAUCAGAGUCAGCCAGACAGUGGAUCCCCCAGACUCCACAUCAGCCCCUUUGCUCUUUCAGUCCUCACCUUCGUCAGCCUUCAUUUGGUGCUUUUCUUGUGAGUUACUUUUAAAAGCAGACCUCACAGAUUUCAUACCUUAAAAAUGAAGACACAUUCUUAUUCAUGCAUAAGGAAUGUAUGCUGUAUGCAUUUCAAAAGGUUCUUAUAAAGGAAUGAAUUUGGCUUUCCUAUUUCCUAUUUACAACAAACAAACAAACAGACAAACCGCAUAGAACAGAAUUUUGUCAUUGGCUGGCGUUUGCCCAAUCUUGGAGUGGGCCAAGCUUGUGAUUGGCCACCCUGCACCCCCCAGGUGGAGCCAGGCCUGUGUGAUGGCCUUCAUACAGCAUUUUAUUUGCUAUACAGGAAACAUUCUAGGCUGUUUGGCACAUAUUCCCGGUCAACACUGUACUCCAGAAUGGCUAAAUGAUGCAUUCUUUUUAGGCUUAAAAGACACUCAUCAAACUCUGCUGUAAAAUGCAAUAAGUUUUCUGUUGCCAAAAAUAUAUAUCAGGAAAACCAUUAUGGAAAAAACAUAUAUAUAUAUAAAAUAUCAGAACUUUGUAUAUGAAGAUGUGGUCACUAACGGUGAUGUAAAUGUAAUUGAUAAAUCCUAUUGAUUUUAUAGACAUAACUCUUACUGUAUAAGACAUUUCUAUUGUUCUUCUGUAAUGACGUGCAUCAAUUUCACAGUUAGUGUAGCUGUUACACUCGGGUUUACAAACAACCCUUGAAUUCAUUUGCUCUGUGUAUGGAGCUAAUUUUUAUGGAAACUAAAUUUCAAUUUAAAAUGUGUAAUGGGUUAUUUUCCUUAAAGACUUAAUAAUCCAAUAUUAAUCUUAUAAUACUGUAUUAAUAACAUUAUAUUAAUUUAAAACAUUCCCGUAGUUCUACAUUUUGUUUUAAAUGUGUUUUAAAUUUGUUGGCCUGGCUGAGUAGCUAUGUUUCCCAUAACCAAAGACAUGAGUGUGUAGCGUUUCACAAGGUAGCAUGGCACCACUUUGUAGAAAUGUAUGUAAAUUUGUAUAAUUGUUACAGUUAAUUAUGUCCCGUCUACUUGUCUCGCACAACAGUUUUUGACUGCAGCAUAAACUUCUGAUUUCUAUGGAGUGACAUUAGCACCAAAAUAAAUGAAUAUGGAUCUAAGAA